AAGGAGGGGAGGACAGUAUUCCUGGAAUCCGUUUACCGGCCUAAUCUCCCGCACCAUCUGUCCAAUAGCCUCCUCCUGUUUAAUCCGCCAUUGCCUAUGCGCUAUUUGGUAAAGUGCACCAGGAAUCUUCCUAGGCAAAAACAAACAACAAAAAAAGAACAGAAGAACAUAGCCAGCUACCUUAGACACCUGUUCACGGGCGAGCGGAUAAAACUCUUAAUUUGCUGCCGAGGCAGAGCACAGUAAGAAAUACUGCACAUACGUCCAAAUGUAAAGAGAUUAACGAGACCUCCGUAAAAGCGCGGAGCAGAGCGUUUUACGUAGACUACGGAGCUUUCUUCCAGUUUAUCGCAGAAAAUGCUGCUCUCUCCAUUGGCGGAAAGAAACCAGGACGGGUUGCUGUCAGUACUGCGCGAACAGCUGGGGAAGAAGUCGCACGGCGAGCUGUUCGCGCUCGAGCUGGGCUCCGGCACCGGGCAGCAUGUGGUACACUUCGCCCAGGACCUGCCUUUCGUCACGUGGCAACCGUCGGACAUCACCGAGGAGUUCAGGGACAGUAUUCGCUCCUACAUCGUGGCGACCAAGGUGAAGACCGUACUGGAGCCGGUGCACCUGGACGGGGGCGAGCCCUGGGAGAAAUGGGCGGGGCUCCCCAAGAGCUCAUGUGACAUCAUCCUGUCGAUCAACAUGCUCCAAUACUGUUCUUUCGGCACUAUCGAGGGUGUGUUUAAAGGAUCUGGGCAGGUUCUGAGGAAGGAUGGCUUCUUGAUGACAUAUGGGCCUUACGCAAUAAACGGCAUCGUCGUCCCCAGCAGCAACGAGGAACUGGACCGGAGCCUACGUGAGAAGAACCCAGAGUGGGGUCUUCCAGACGUGGACGUCCUGAGGCAGCUGGCGUUCAGCAACGGGACGCGCCUGGAGAGGAUGAUCGAGAUGCCGGAGAGCAAUAAAUGCCUCAUCUUCCGGAAAAUCUGACCGGCCGCCACAGCAUUCCCGGGAACGUGGUCCUCUUUCCAGCAGCCGCUCCAGUGACCAGGGCGCCCCCUGCUGGCUGAGUUUCUCUGUGUGUGACAUCAGUGCUCCUGCUGAUAAUAAACUGCUGAACAUCCAA